AGUCAACAGCCGGAGUGAAAGUUUCUCUGUUACCGGGUGUGGAGUGGGACGGUGCUGAGGUUAGCGAGUUCAUCAUGUCUGCUGAGCGCCUGGAGAAGAUUCCUGAAGCUGAUAUCGACCCCAAUGGCGUGUUUAAAUAUGUGCUCAUCCGUGUGCACAGCAAAACAGACGAGUCGUUCGUGGACAUCGUGCGCGGCUACACGUGGGCAGAGUAUCACGCUGAUAUCUAUGACAAGGUUUCUGGAGAGCUGGAGAGAGCAGGUGACGUGGACUGUGAAUGUAUAGGAGGCGGCAGGAUCAGACAUGACAGCGCUGACAAAAAGAUUCAUGUCUACGGCUAUUCCAUGGGCUUUGGACGAGCCGAUCAUGCCCUCUCGACAGAAAAACUGAAGACGCGAUACCCAGACUAUGAGAUCACAUGGGCAAAUGAAGGCUACUGAUUCAAUAACCAGGGUUUUACCAUGGUGUCCAUGAACAAUCCUCGGAUUUGAGCUGUUUAUAUAACACUAGCUUGUACUCUUGUCUGUUUGAACAGGAUGGGGAAUUGGACAUGUCAGCAUGUGAUGUCUCAAGCUGAAAUCAAGGGAUUUCUUAUUAACAGUGGAUUGAAUUAAUGUUUACACAUUCUGUACCUUAAUACCCUUUUUUUUUUAAAUUAUUAUAUGGGUCUGUCUCAGAAACUGGGUACUGUGGGGUACCCCACUAAAUAUACUCCGUCAAUAAACUAUACGGUUUUGAAUGGUGAUGUUGGUUUUAAUUUGAAAUAAUACAGAUAAAAUUAAAUCUUUUGAUGUGAAUACUCUAUUCAGAAUUUGGCAAAAAUUCUGCAAAUUUGUGGAAAAAUGGCGGCUUGAUCUGGGACAUGAUAAAUGGUCGACUACAUCGCAUUCCCUUAAAAAGGUUGUAGUCCACUGAAAAGUCUACAGUUAUCACUAAUUGUAUUUUAAGUUGUAACUUUACACACCUAAGGAUUGGUGCGCUCACAGAAUAAUAACCAUAAUAAAGCAUCAUGCAAAAUAUUUCAUCACCGUUGUAACUCCAUUUUCCGCAAACCCCAAACCAAUAUGAUCGUGUGUUUCGAUCUAAACGGAAAGCCUCAGGGUCAAGGUCACUACCUCACCAAAAGUAGUAACUUAAAAUCACUACGCCAUAUAAAAAUUUAGUUAUAAAUCUGCGAUUUUGUUUUUUAAAACGAAAGCUGAAAGUUAGGUAUAGAACAUGUUUCUUACAGAAUAUGUUACGAUGGUAGCUGGUCUUGUAUGAAUUUCUGAGCUAUAAAAUGAGUUGUGGUCUAUUUUUUUUACCAUAGUGUGUUAUUUGUGUGCGCGGAAGGACACACAUUAACAAUUUGCAUGUGUAGAAUGGAAUUUUCCACUCCAGCAGUUAGAAGUUGAUCGUGCUUCCAUUUGCGGCCUUUCUGUUACGCGAGUGAUCUGUUCGGACGUUAUCACUGAAAAGGUGAGUUUUGACAGUUUUAUUUUGUUUUAGUCUUGCAGUAUAAAGCAAUAGAAUGUUUCUUUUUCAUCUUACUUUCAUAUUUCGUAGUGUUUGCGUAUUUUGCAACCAUGGUCAAUUUAGAUAGAACUUUUGAUAGAAUCUACAGCCAGUCAUUUUGCCCCACCUCGCGCUCCGUCUGGUGCGGUAGUGAUGUCCCAUUGCUCAUGUGCUGCAGCAGAGACCCGCACGACCUUCAGCCGGUACAGUCACUGUUCUUUUACCACCGCCGUUAUUCUCAUCUUUCUGGUGUGUUCUUGAUUUUUCCAUUGUGUCCUAUUUCGCCACAUCAAAUACCCAAAAUGUAUCAUAUUAUUCAUAUUUAAGUGAAUAAUCAAUUCAGUCAUCAUAACUUGGCAUUUUUAACCCAAGCAAUCAAAAAGAGGAAAUUUAUUCAAUAUUUUCACUCAUCUGAGAAGGAGGGGCUUUAAUUCUUCAUGAUGUAGUUAUUUUAUAUGUAAAUCAAUUUUACAGAAGCAUCUGAAUUGUAAUAAAAAAAAAAUUCCACAGUGGAAGCCAGAUAAAGCAAGAUACUGUCUUUAUUCUUAUUAAACAUGACGACAAAAGAAACAUUGAAUGUUAAGUAAAUGCCAAAAAAAAAAGUAAAAUUAGAAAAUUUAUUUUUUUGACCAUAAUGUCCCAAAUGAGAACGGUUUCUGAGACGGACCCAUAUCUGUUCACUAAAGAACAUGAGAAAAUACACAAUGUUCUGGAAAUAGUGUAAGCUCUAUUAAAGGACUAUCAAGCUUCUGAACUGCAA